AUGAUUGCAGCUACAGGAUGCUUACUCUAUGAAGGAUGGUACCUACCGCAAGCUAUGGACUACUGGGUGUCAGUGAGCUAUCGUCUUCUCUUAGGCUCGUUUUUCGGUGUCCUAUUUAUCAAGUUUACAAAAGUGUUUUUAGAAGACAAUGAGAAUGUGUCAGUCUGCGGACUCAAAGGCUUAGAUACACGUAAGGCUUUUCUGAUUAUGGCGGUGAUGACGCUACAGUCUGUGUCGGAAGGCAUCGGUGUUGGUGUAUCAUUUGGUGGAGAAGGUGGCAUUCGUCGUGGCCAUAUUGUUACUAUGACAAUGGCAAUUCACAAUAUUUCUGAAGGCAUUGCAAUAAGUUUAUCUCUUCUACCACGUCGACUCAGUGUUUUCUAUGCUGUGCUAUGGUGUAUUGUAUCAAGUGCUGUACCUGCGUUUUUGUUCGUUGAGCAAUGGCUUCCAAUUCUUUCAUGUGGGUUGGGUUUUGCUGGUGGUGCCAUGGCAUAUGUAGCAGUGCAAGAAUUGCUUCCUGAGUCGCUCAAAGAUACGAAAUCUGUGUUUACAACGAUUUCAGCCACCGCCUUUGCUUUUCUAAUCUUUCUUACAAUUCAAAUUGUGUUGAGUGUCACUAUUUAG